CCGAGCAUGCCCUUGUCGCUGCGAUUGCCAUGGCUCUUCUUGUUUGUUCUGGCGAAUGCAGACGCCGAGUUGCCUGGCGGAGGGCGGCGUUUCCAGGCCACGGGCUUGAGCUGCACUUCAGGCACAUUAAACGAAGCCUUGAAAGGCGCAGGAAGAGCCGCUGCUGAAGCUCUCAAGGCCCACGACAGCAGCGAUGACCAGCUCCUAGAGCGAUCGGAGCUGAAUUUCACGCGGCUGAAGCAUUUGGGGGCGACGGAAGACGAGGCCUUGUAUGGGAUCUUCCAGGAGGUCCCUGUGGUCCUCCUGGAGGGUACCGACCUGGACAACUCAUCGCAGGAGCUGCAAUCAAACCAGUGGUGCCGACGUCGUCUUGAUGGCUGCGGUCAUAAAGCGGUCGCGGCCGACCUAGAGGCGAAGCUUCCUCCAGCUUUCAAGAGCAGUGCCGUGAUCUGCGUCGGCUUCGGGCGAGGAGUCUGGCUGAUGAGCACCUAUGCCACCAUGUUCCCACAGAACUGCGGCUUUAUUGUGUGGGUGGGCUCUCCGAACGAGGUCUUCGACGUGACUUUCGGAAUCUGGGUUCUGGCCAUCCACCCCUACACCGACCUGGCAGCAAGCGCGACUAGCGUCAGCUCCGAUCGCCGCCAGCAGGUGGCGUGCGAUGCGGAUGCCCUUUGCUACAGCUCGGAGAUGAUCAAGUGGACUGGUCCGGACAUUACUGAUGCUUCUCGUAUUGCGAUGGCCGCUUGUGUCGGUGCCAAGCCGGAUGCUAUGAUCAACCUGAACACAGGCAUGAUCAGUCUGGCCAGCCGUUUCCGGCUGCCGCUUUGGAUGUGGUGCCUUCUUCUCAGAUAUGGGUCGUGCAUCCUUUCCUGGAGUACCAAAUGA